CUGAACUGAUAGGUAUCUAUGGGUGGUAUAAAAAAAUGCCAAAUGGUUUUGGCGACGCAUGUUAUUUACUGUUGCUGUGUAUUAAAUUCAUUUUGAAUAUUCUGUAUAGUUUCAGUCAUAUAGUUUUAUUUAUUGGAGGAUUAGUGGUGAAAUAUAUUUUUGAUGUAACAAUGACAGAGUCUUCGAAGAAGAGAAAGCGUAAAAACUCCGAAACUUCACAGACCGUUAUAGUUCGAGGUAUAAUAAACGCAAACUGGCAGAAAUUUCUUUCCAACAACCUUUUAAUGGAUACAAAGGCUUCAGUGCCUAUAUCUGAAGGCAAAGAAACUUACACGGGUACUUUCAGACGCGCCAGAAAGAAAAAAAACAAGAAAGAAUCCAAUGUUGAACAUAACCUAAAAAGUUUGAAUAUUGAUAAUAAACCUGUUGUAACAAAAAAUACGGUACAUCACGGAAAAUUAGACACGGAAUUAGUCAUAAAAGAAGAUAAUGUGAACAAUGCGAAUAAAAAAAAAUGUAACCUAACAAAAUUUUUGGCCAUAGAUUGUGAGAUGGUUGGUGUAGGCUAUGAGGGUGGUGAUCAUAUGUUAGCUAGAGUGUCCAUAGUGAAUAAAUUUGGUGACUGUGUUUAUGAUAAAUUCGUAAAAGCACGUGAAGAAGUGGUCGACUACCGCACAGAUGUUAGCGGUGUAAGGAAAGAGGAUUUAAUCAACGGUGAAGACUUCUCCACCGUACAGAAAGAAGUAGCGGAAAUAAUUAGAGGCCGUGUUUUAGUUGGCCAUUCGUUAAAGAAUGAUCUGAGCGUGUUGUUUUUGUCUCAUCCUAAAAGAAAUGUCAGAGAUACAUCCAGAUAUAAACCAUUCCGGAAGGUUACUAAAGGCAGUACUCCAUCCCUCAAAAGGCUAGCAAAGGAAAUCCUCGGCAUAGAAAUCCAACAUGGUGAACACAGCUCGGUGGAGGACGCACGCGCCGCCAUGCAACUUUACAACACUGUAGCGAAGAAUUGGGAAGCCAUGAUGAGCGAAAAAAGGGGUUAUUACAGAAGAUUAUUGGACGAAUCGUAGCGUUGCGAAUUGUAAUACUGUAUUAGAAUUAUUAGCUAGUCUUUGUGGCAUGAUUGUGUUUGAACUUUGAACUUCUGUGUAGUACGUGUAAUGUUCACCAAUAAUUGUUGAUGGCAACAGAAGCCACGUGCAAGUGAAUCUGUUAGUUAAAAAAAUUGAAGUUGUCUCUAUGAAUGAAACUGGUUGAACACCAUCUUAGUGCAACCUUGUUAUUUACAUGUAACCGUUGAGUUGAUUAGCAGUGAGACGCAUAUAACCAAUCACAGUGCGCAAUAGUGACGCGACGACAACCACAUCGCAAUCGCAUCCCUCAGUGAGUCGACUCGAUAGUGAGAAGUGAAAUGCGAACUUCUUUAUUGAUAUAAAAUGAGUUUUUAUACAAAAAUGUCAUUUUGGACACAAGCUUUUAUUGUUGUCAGAGAUAUUGCAUUCAAUUUGUGACAAAAAAAUCAUGUCCUUGCAGUAAACCUUGAGGUGUACCCACGUCUGUAGCGUUGCUCGAUACACCAUCAGGUCAAGUUUAUCAUUAUAAAGCAUUGUCAUUCAAACUAAAUGUCUAUACAAAAUUUCAGCUCAAUCAGUUGAACAUAGCUUCAAACUUUUUUUUUCUUCUAAAUUUUUGACAAGGCUUCAGUGCACUUUGUGUGACUAUGUCAGCCUCAUGGGGGAUCUCUAAUAUAAACUUAUCUAGCUUUCAUAUAGGUUGUCCACAAGAUAUAAGCUUCAAACUUGAAUAGGCUAGUUGCCAAAUUUUUGUUUUGAUGACUAUUCGAAGGCUCUUAUAUCAUUAGAAACACCAGUGAAAAAAAUACUGUGAUAAUGACAAUACUUUCAAAGAUACGACAAAAAUAAAAUCACACAUUUUUGACUCGUCCAAACGCUCUAUAUGAAAUGGCACGAAUAAGUGACGUCACAACGUGCGAAAAUGUUCGCGAAGAAAGAUAUGCUUGUUCGACAGCUACAUUAAAUAUUACGUUACGUAUCACCAUAAAGGUGAUAACUUAAUAAAAGUUGUUACAAAAUGUUUGCUUUUUAUGAUGGUUAAAUUUAUUUUUAUAAUUUCAUACUUUUUGUAAACGGACUUUCCAACCAAGUUUAAAUCUUCGUAUUUAGAUCCAGCUGCAUUGUUACAGUCUAUGGAUUAUCAUAAUGAUCCUAAAUACGUCUAUUUUAUCUAAAUUAUACAUAUUUAUUAAAAUUCUCUGACCUUGGCAACUACCCUAUUGCAAGAUUCCACCUGAGACAUAGAGACAUAGCAAUAUACAUACAUAUUUACAUUGCAAGUUAGAUAAACGCUUGUAAUACAAACGUGUUUCUGUAUUCAAAAUGGACGCCGAAAAACUAUAUACAAUUACUUCUAUAUCAAACCUCGCAAAUGAUUGCCCAACAGCCAUAUGACAAUAUUCGUAAUGUCGAGGCAAUGUUAUAAAUUAGAUGACGUAUCUUCAAUAUCAUGUACAGUGAAUAGCACAUCAACCUACACAAUAUCAUUGCAAACUCGUCGCUAUUACCGCGCCAUAGAGGUUCAUGCGGGGUAACUUCAUGUGCCUUUGUUUUGUUUUUCUUUUGCUUUUCCUUUGUAAGAGGCCUGAGAGAACGGAUUUUUUUAUAUAUGUGGUGAUCUAGAUGUCGUUAGUUUAAUGUAAUAAUUUUGACGAACUCGGUGGCGCAGUGGUAAAGUGCUUGCCCCUGAACCGAGAGGUCCCGGGUUCGAUCCCCGGUCGGGUCAUGAUGGAAAAUGAUCUUUUUCUGAUUGGCCCGUGUCUUUGAUGUUUAUCUAUAUAUAUAUAUAUUUGUUAUAAAAUAUAGUAUCGUUGAGUUAGUAUCCCAUAACACAAGUCUCGAACUUACUUUGGGGCUAGCUCAAUCUGUGUGAUUUGACCUAAUAUAUUUAUUUAAUUUGUGGCAGUGGUGCUUCAGUGGUUAAGACCUUUCGCUUCAGAUCGAAAGGUCCCAGGUUCGAAUACUGCUCGCGCCACACGAGUUUGUAUUACCAAUCUGACUCAUGUAUAGUUUUUUGGUUUUCAUCGACCACCAUUUGCUUCCGAUGAAGGAAAAUAUCGUGAGGAAACCUGCACACUGGUUGACAGUGUAAGUUUACUUGUGUGUACGCGACUACUUGCCACUAGAUGGCGGUAGGUAGUUGUAAUAGUCACGUCCGAUGCCUUUAGGCGACUUUUAAAUCUAACACCAGUUUUAGCAAUAAUACACUCGAAAAAAUAUAAUAAUGAGCAAAUAUUGUACAUAAAAAUGUUUUUUGUGUUUAUUCUUUGAUAAAAUAAAUAUUUUUGUAAAGUUA